AUGGCACCUCAACUCGAUGGCUACUUCAAGCAAGUAGAUGCUUUGUCGGAUCACUUUAUUGAGAGACUUCGCAAAGCCGUUGCUAUUCCAUCGGUUUCCGCAGACGAGGAACGCAGACCUGAUGUUGUUCGUAUGGGAGAGUUCCUAGCUGAUGAGCUCACUGCACUUGGCGCCCAAGUCGAGAAACGACCAUUAGGCAAGCAACCUGGUAUGGAGCAUUUAGAGCUUCCGCCUGUAGUCAUUGCACGAUAUGGCAAUGACAAGAAGAAGCGCACCAUCCUCGUGUACGGCCAUUAUGAUGUACAACCUGCUGGGAAAGAGGAUGGCUGGGCCACAGAACCAUUCGAACUUACCAUCGACGACAAAGGAAGAAUGUAUGGCAGAGGAAGUACAGAUGAUAAGGGUCCGGUUCUUGGUUGGCUCAAUGCAAUCGAGGCUCACCAGAAGGCUGGUGUCGAGUUUCCAGUCAAUCUGUUGAUGUGCUUUGAAGGAAUGGAAGAAUACGGCUCAGAAGGCUUGGACGAUUUUAUUAGGGAAGAGGCCGAUAAAUUCUUCGCAGAUACAGAUGCUGUGUGUAUAUCUGAUAAUUACUGGCUUGGUACUGAAAAGCCAUGCCUUACUUAUGGUCUCCGUGGUUGCAGUUAUUAUUCCAUCGAAAUCUCAGGACCCGGCCAGGAUCUCCAUAGUGGAGUUUUCGGUGGCACAGCACAAGAGCCAAUGACUGAUUUGGUGAGGGUGCUUGGCAGUCUAGUGGAUACAAAUGGCAAGAUUCAGAUCCCAGGCUUGGCUGAGCUUGUUGCUCCCCUCACGGAUGAGGAGAAAUCCCUUUACGGUGAUAUUGCAUUCACCAUGGACAACCUCCAUGAAUCGUUAGGUAGUCAGACAACCAUCCACAACGACAAGGAGAAUACCCUUAUGGCCCGCUGGAGAUACCCAUCAUUAUCGAUUCACGGUAUUGAAGGUGCAUUUUCUCAACCAGGAGCCAAGACAGUUAUUCCCGCCAAGGUGACCGGAAAGUUCUCUAUUCGAACUGUACCAAAUAUGGAGCCCGAGGACGUAGAUCGUCUUGUUUUCAAGUAUGUUGAUGAGCAAUUCAAGAAACUGGGAAGCAAGAAUACUCUACGAUGCUUCUUGCAACAUGCUGGUAAGUGGUGGGUUGCCAGUCCAAAGCACUGGAACUUUUCGAGCGCUGCAAAAGCUGUUGAGAGGGUCUGGGGUGUUAAGCCUGAUUUGACUCGAGAGGGAGGGAGUAUUCCCGUCACCUUGACCUUCGAGCAGGCAACCGGCAAGAAUGUCCUCCUUCUGCCUAUGGGUAGUUCUACUGACGCGGCUCACUCAAUAAACGAGAAAUUGGACAAGAGAAAUUAUAUUGAGGGCAUCAAGUUGUUGGGCGCAUAUUUGCAUUAUGUGGCCGAGGAACCAAUGGUGGAGCAAUAA